AUGAAUGUGCUGACUAUGUUCCCCUCUCCCAAAACUUCACUCAAAAUGCCUGCAACCAUACCCUUCCCCUCUUCCAAUACUACUAACAAAAUGCAUGCAACCAUGCUCUUCCUCUCUCCCAAUAUUACACUCAAAAUGCCUCAUUAUAAAUACCAAACGCGCGCCACAAAAGUUAACAGAACCAUAACCGCUCAAAUGCACCCCACACAAGCUAUCAGAAUCGAAACCGCUGAAGAGUCCGCCAUACAACUUAACAUAAUCUUACCCGAAACCGAAACCAAAUUGGGAAAAAAAGAAGCCAUUAAUAUUGAGUCUGAGUAUCAAAGAGAGUUUAAGCAAAUGCUCAGUAACAGAAAAGGUUUUCCAGUUCCGAUGCGGGCUGAGUUAGCAAAACCAGUGGCAAAUCCUUGCUAUCCGCCUCCAUCCCAAAUGGAGAUUAUGAACGCUUGUCCAAGGAAAGACAUUCCGAAUUUCCAAGAAUUGCUCGUGGAGGAGAAUCUGUAUUUACAUAUAGAGCAUGGAGGUCAAGGAAAGGUGCCUUUGUUGAUUUUGAGCUUGAAGGAAACUGAUAAACAGAAAAAAAGACCUGCGGUUGUUUUCAAUCACGGUUCAGACACGACUAAAGAAUACAUGCGUCCAUUGCUAGAGGCAUAUGCUUCAAGGGGAUACAUAGCAAUUUCGGUUGAUUCUCGUUACCAUGGUGAACGAGCGAAGAGCAACGACUAUCAAGAGGCUCUUAUUUUUGCAUGGAAAACCGGACGCAUAAUGCCAUUCAUAUAUGAUACGGUUGGGGACUUGAUUAAAUUGGCAGAUUAUCUAACACAGAGAGAAGAUAUAGACUCCUCUAGGAUAGGAAUCACAGGAAUAUCACUUGGAGGAAUGCAUUCAUGGUUUGCUGCAGCCGCUGAUACUCGCUAUUCAGUAGUUGUUCCUAUAAUUGCUGUUCAGGGAUUUCGAUGGGCCAUAGACAACGAUAAGUGGCACGCCCGAGUUGAUAGUAUAAAAUCUGUUUUUGAAGUGGCUAGUAAAGAUUUGGGUAAAAAUGCUAUUGACAAAGAAGUAGUGGAGAAGGUGUGGGACAGGAUUAAUCCUGGUUUAACUUCCCAAUUUGAUUCCCCCUACUCAAUUCCACCUAUUGCACCCCGUCCUCUGCUUAUUCUCAAUGGUGCGGAAGAUCCUAGGUGUCCCUGGGAUGGUGUGGAUGAUCUAAUGACCAAUGUAACUAAGAUGUAUGCAGCGUUUCAAUGCCCAGAUAAUUUUAAGUUUUUAACAGAACCUGGAACCAAGCAUGAAAUAACAAAAUUACAGAUGAGAAAGUCGGCUUAUUGGUUUGACGAGUUUCUACAGCCUUAG